AUGGGCUCAAAUUACGUGCGCUUCGCUUCCGACAUCGUCUCCAAUACAGCCAUGCUCUCGGCUAGGUCAACAUCCACAGCCACCGACGGCGCGGGACUCUCAAGCGCUGAAAAAGUCACCCUGUAUGUUAUCGCAGCGAUAGUGGCUGUUCUUAUUACUGUGGGUAUCACGAUCGCCGUCCUUCGGACACAGUGCCAUGAUGGACCAUGGACUGCUCAUUCCUCGGGACAGCCGCGACAACGCAGUAUGACGAAAGCACUGCUCAAAUCUAUUCCAUUGGUGCAAUAUGAUGAUGAAAAUGAUGCUUUGAAUGGAAAGGCUCGGCCAGCGAACGACUCUGGGAAGACUACGUCUAUUGUCGAAACGGCGAUGUCUAUGUGUGCUAUUUGUACGGAUGAAUUUGUCAAAAAUCAACUCGUGCGAGUCUUGCCUUGUGGGCAUUUAUUUCAUCAGAACUGUGUUGAUGAAUGGCUGGUCAGAAGGUCGCGGACAUGUCCUACAUGUCGAUAUGAACUCACGCCAUCUGGGAAAAGUCAAACCACUGAGAUGGCUAAAAAUGCGGAUGAUAUUGAAGUUGGAUUGCCAGACGUCGAGGCUCGGCAUACGCAGCCCCACGGUCGAUUGCAUCGGUACCUGCGCAGUCUGCGCUCUACGUUGCGGAGGGACGGUAACACUUCUGGGUCGCUAUGA